AUGCUAAUGAGGUGGGCGGUCCUAACCUCAGUCUGAAGCAGGAUUCGCCAAUUGUUGGAGCCAGGCAGAAGCAAUAGAUUCGUGGCAAGUCACAUCUGUACAUUCUGUGUACAUUGUCGGCAACUCGCUAAUAAUGGCUUCGGCUGGAAGGGCGCUGGCAGACCUUCUGCGGGAUGCGGCUAACCAGCUUGAAAACUCACCAAGGACCGCUAACGCGCCAGUUUCGUCUCCUCCUCCUCAUCCGUUACAUAACGGGACUCCCAGACACCCAGUGGACGCCGAAGUUUCAAGACUGUUUGGCCCCUACAUGGGAGGGAGGAGGACGGCAGGGCGGCAAACCCUUUCUGGUCCUGCACACCUGCAUUCUUAUACCCAUUUAUUCUGUUGCCUUGAGGACAAGAAUGCAGCCUUAGUCCCCAACCGAUACGCCAAAGAAAGACUCGCUGCUGCUGGCUUUGGUGAAAAACGGCUCACAUUUAAAGGUCUGUCAGUCAUUAGAAUGACGAUUAUCAAUCGCUCUUUCCUUUUCUGUCUAUUUUUUAUGGUAAAUGUACAUUUGUGAUAUAUAAAUAUAUUGAGUUACCCUUACAAUCAUAACAUUAUCUUUAUGUUAGAUCUCUUAUGUGUAUCAUCUAUUUCUAGGCAGCCAUACAGAUUCAAAUGAAUUCCUCGAAUUCUUGAUGGAUGCCUAUCCAAAACUGCGGAACGGUGGCGGUUUCGAGUUGCUAAAAAUAUCUGGCACUACGAGAAGUCGCCACUUGAUUGUGAUCCCCUGUCCCAAUGAGGGUUACUAUGUCAGAUAUUUGAAGGACCCUCAGACCCAGAUUGGCCAUUCUACGGUUUUCAUUAGACCAAUGCAAAGAACCCUGAAUUUGGACCCUGCAUGUCGAUCAGAAGGCGACAACGUGUUAAUUGGACCAAAUCAGAAUCAUCUGUGGAGAGGAGUUCCCCUUUUCCAGAAUCAAGGAUCACAGCAAUAACUGCACGAGACCAUCACAGAGCAGCGGUGAGGUACAGAUUGAGUUGACAACUGAAAGGGCCUCCGGAAGUCAAGUUAGAUUUGAAAGCACGUUCACAGGAGCACAGGGAAAUGAGACAACAAGGGCCAGGAACACAAGACACUCGGUGCCACCUCAGGAAAUGUUGCCUUCUCCUGAGGUAGUUGACAUCGAUCCCACUGAGGAAAGUGGCUUCUCUGAUUGGAGAAUAGCACCAGAUCCCACAGAGGCAGCAAAGAUGUUUAAAGAAGACAUUUUAAGCCAGCAUGCAACUGGAAAAUCCUUGUGUCUUACUAUGGAUCUUGGAGACAGUGCAGCGGAAAGGGAAAGAGCAGUCCUUACUUUUUAUAAGAAGGCAAAUGUUGAGUGGGCUUGCCCCUUGACAUGCACACUUAAGGGAGAUCCAGCCAUUGGUGAUGGUGUGACUCGGCAUUUCUUUGCAACCAUCAUGUCAAAACUUCAGGCUGGUUUUGAGAUGAAGUUUGUGCCUGGAGGAACUCUUCUUUUUGAAGGAGAACAAGAUCAUCUGAUUCCCUCCACUUCUCAUCUCCUUUUGGAGAGUGACUUCUUUGUUGUUGCUGGCCGAAUGAUUGGACAUUCAUUCCUCCAUGAUGGGCCAUGCCUAGGUGGACUGAGCCCAGCUGUCCUGCAUGUGCUCUUUGGUGGAUCCCCAGAAGAAGCCACAAUAGAUAUUAAGGACUGUGUUGACCUUGAUAUCCGUGAGACAAUCAAGUUGCUGGAGGGAACAGCAGAGUUAUCAUCAGAAGAAAAAAAGCUCAUCAAUGAGUUGGCACUGUCCUGGGAUUUGCCUCUAGUCACAUGUGACAACAGGAGAUGGCUAUUUGAUAAACUGAUCCUCCAUGCUGUCCUUGGAAGAACCUCCAGACAAGUCAAGCAGUUACGAAGGGGUUUAAAAGAGACACUGAUCUGGCCUCUGCUGACGGAGAGGAAAGACACGAUUCCCCUUCUCUUUCCAAGAGCAUCUGAUUUGCAGUGCACACCACGGAUGGUGUUGGAGAAGAUAAACUGGCCCACACAGGAUGAGGAUGAAGACAGUGAAGUCUCUUUGGAGGAUUCCUGUAGGCUCACAGGAUUCCUGCGCACAUUUAUUGAGAUGGCAUCUCCCGUUAUCCUUGGGAAACUUGUGCAGUUCUGGAUAGGAUGGAAUGUGCUUCCUAGACAUGGCCUGGAUGUGACCGUGGUGGAGAGCAACUUCCCCAGCUCUUCCACAUGCUUUCACCAGCUGAAACUUCCAGGACAUUACAAAGAGUACUGUAUGUUUGAAAGGGACAUUCUUGCUGCUAUUUGGAGCACUGAAACUGGGUUCGGGAUGGUCUGAAGAGACGGACACACCUUAGUACUAGAUUUGUUGUCUUUUGUUUGGCCGGCCAAAAAUGUAUGUUUUCAGAGAGGAAAAAAAACUCAGUUAAUGCCUAUACUCCGGCCAGUUUGUGUAACACUGAAAAUAUAUAAAGAUAAACAUGCUUUCCUUGUUAUUGCACAUAACAAAGAAAGCAUGUUUAUCUUUAUAUAUUUUCAAAGUUUUAAAUUGAUAUUCGUUACAAAAUGUUCAUUAACUGUAACAAAUGUAUAUUUCUUGAUGCAUUACAGUAAGUGUUGAUUCACAACAAGCAUAUGUUCAGUGCAACACAUGUUUCAAAUGACUACUGAACGUAACUUCAUUACCAUCUAAUUUUUAUUGUAUUAAAAUCGAAAUAUACUGAAUCUUG